CAGAGCCCGCCCUUCCCCAUCACGGAAGUGAAACUUGUGAAAGUUCACUCUGCUGGGAAAAGAACCCAGGUGUCAAGUGGUCCAGUCGACGAAGGCAAGACUCACAGAGCAACCGCGAUGUCUUUGUCAUUUGAAGGAAGAGUUGUGCUUGUCACCGGUGCAGGAGGAGGUCUUGGGAAGGAAUAUGCACUGGCUUUUGCUGCAAGAGGAGCCUCUGUUGUAGUGAAUGACCUUGGGGUAGACACCAAAGGGGGUGGAAAGAGUUCUGCGGCUGCCGAUAAGGUUGUGGACGAGAUAAAAGCCAAGGGAGGAAAGGCAGUGGCCAACUACGACUCUGUUGAAGACGGAGAGAAGCUCGUUCAAGCGGCGCUGGACUCGUUUGGAAGAAUCGAUAUUGUCGUAAACAAUGCCGGGAUCCUUCGUGACCGCUCAUUCGUCAGGACAAGCGAUUUGGAUUGGGACCUCAUUCACAGAGUUCACCUGCGAGGCUCCUUUUUGGUGACCCGCGCUGCCUGGAAUCACAUGAAGAAGCAAAAGUUUGGCAGAAUCAUCAUGACGACUUCAGCUGCGGGUAUCUACGGCAACUUCGGCCAAGCCAACUACAGCGCCGCCAAACUGGGCCUGCUAGGCCUGUCCAACACGCUGGCCAUUGAGGGGCGCAAUUAUAACAUCCACUGCAACACCAUCGCUCCUUUAGCUGGCUCGCGCCUCACUGAGUCCGUCAUGCCUCCAGAUCUGGUGGCGGCGCUGAAGCCGGAGUACGUGGCUCCCAUGGUGCUGUGGCUCUGUCACGAGCAAUGCCAAGAAAAUGGAGGACUCUUUGAGGUUGGUGCAGGCUGGAUUGGCAAAUUGCGCUGGGAGAGAACUCAGGGCUGCAUCACCAGACAGAGAAACCAGCCCAUGACUCCUGAGGCUGUCAGGGAUCAGUGGGACAAAGUUUGUGAUUUUACAGACUCAACCAAGCCCAUUUCAAUACAAGAAUCACUCCAGUCCAUGGUGAGCGUACUGUCCAAGGUGGACUUGGGACAGGAGGUUGUCGCCGGCCAGACCUCUGCCCCUGCUGCAUCCUCUUCCUCCGGCAGCAACAUUACUGCAGCAGUGGGACAAAAACUUCCAGCGACAACGUUCAGCUUCUCGCACAUACAGUGCAUCCUGUAUGCGCUUGGCGUGGGCAUGUCCACCAAAGACCCCGACAACCUCAGGUUCCUCUACGAAGGCCAUCCGGACUUUAGCUGCCUCCCAACCUUCGGGGUCAUUCCUUCCCAGGCAGCCAUGAUGGAUGGUGGCCUGAGCUCGGUGCCUGGACUCAACAUUGACUUUACACAGGUGUUACAUGGCGAGCAGUAUCUAGAGCUCUACAAACCUCUUCCCACCUCCGGACAACUGACUUCAGAGGCCACCAUUGCAGACGUGCUGGACAAAGGCUCUGGGGCAGUCAUUCUCCUCGACGUGAACACAUACAGCGGCACCGAGCUGCUCUGCUUCAACCAGUUUUCUGUGUUUGUGGUCGGCGCCGGAGGCUUCGGAGGCAAAAGAACAUCAGAGAAAGCCAAAGCUCUUGUGCAGCCGCCUCAGCGAGCGCCGGACGUCGUGCUGGUUGAUUCCACCACCAACGACCAGGCAGCCUUGUACCGUCUGAGCGGGGACUGGAACCCCCUCCACAUUGAUCCCAGCUUUGCUGCCAUGGGAGGCUUCCAGUCACCCAUCCUGCACGGCUUGUGUUCAUUUGGCUUCGCUGCGAGACACGUCCUCAAGCAAUUUGCUGGCAACGACCCCUCCAGAUUCAAGGCCAUUAAGGUCCGCUUUGUGAAGCCAGUAAUACCGGGUCAGUCUCUGCAGACAGAGAUGUGGAAGGAAGGCAGCAGAGUUCACAUUCAGUGUAAAGUAAAGGAGACCGGCGCUGUGGCGCUUUCUGGCGCUUAUGUCGAUUUACACGAACCGGCCGGCAUAUCUCCCGGUCUUCCUCAGGAGAGGGCGGGGCUUCGGAGCGAUCUGGUGUUCGCAGAGAUCGGCCGCCGCAUCCAAGAGUCUGGUGGCGAGCUGGUCAACAAGGUCAACGCCAUCUUUAGCUGGGAAAUCACCAAAGACGGCAAGAACGUUGCGGAGUGGACAAUCGAUCUGAAGAACGGGAGCGGCACGCUACAUCGCGGUGCCUCCAGCGGGAAGGCUGAUGUGACUUUCACUGCGUCAGAUGAAGACUUCAUGGAGCUGGUGCAAGACAAACUCAACCCUCAGAAGGCAUUCUUCUCAGGCAAGCUCAAGAUUCGAGGGAACAUCAUGCUGGGUCAGAAGUUGGAGGUCAUCCUGAAGGAUCACGCCCGACUGUGAGCACCUCCUACAAGAGUCGGCCCGCCCACAGGGAGGGGGAGGGAGGGAUUCCCAAUUUAUCUUGCUAGUCAACACCAUAUGCUGCCUACGGGAGAAUUUGUUAUACGCUGUCGUGAAAUUUGAAAUGCAAAACCUGAAUGGAACGGUUCUAAAAAUGCUCAUAAGAUGUAGUAAUAAAUGCAUUCAUAAAUUAAUAUCACCCUCUGAGGAUUUGAUGAUGAUUCCCUCUUCCCUGAUAGUUAUUUCCUGAAGGUGGUUGCCUAGUUAAAAAACAAUGGCCUGUUAUCUGAGAUCCAUAUAAAUCAAGUCAGAAGAUCUGUGCAAUUGAACUCGUUAGUCCCCUUGGAUGGAUUUAUGGACCGACCUUCACGUGCAAUUAAACUGUCAGAUAUUGA